AUGCCUAUAGUCAUUCCCAAUCAGGGUGAGGAUAGCCGACCAGUGCCCAAGCAGGUGCAAUGCUUGGAAAACGGAACAGACCUCUUCAAAAUGUUCGAGGUGGACAUGAACAAGUUUGAUUCCUCGCAAGUCCGGAAGUCGUACCACAAGAUGGCGACUUUUGUACAUCCGGACAAGCUUGGUCGAGAGCCUACGGAUGCCGACCGUGCUCGUUUCACCAAGCUCAAGCAGGCGUACACCGUCCUCAAUGACGAGCAAUUGCGUGCUGUGUAUAGACAGCACUGCUUUGGCAUUGCUGGUUCUGGAGGUUGUGCUCCCCAAGGUCAUGAAACUGCCUUGAGCAAAGCUCUGGAAAUGGCCCGAGAGUUGAGAAAGAUGGGCGAGGAGAGAGCUCUGGUGCUGUACAAGGCACGGCUGCAGAUCGGUCCCAUCCGAGAGCAUGCGGGAAAGAGCCUGCUCGAGAAGUACCUGCCAGAGGUCUCCGGCGGCAAGCACAAGAUGGGAUGCGCCGGUGUCCUCGUGACUCCGACUGUGCUCGACAGCACCAGCGGACAAACCUGGGACACCAUCCUGCAGGAGAACCCGUGGUUGAAGACCACCAACCUUGUGGCCAAGCCGGAUCAGCUCAUCAAGCGUCGUGGAAAGGCAGGCCUCAUCGCUGUGAACAAGACUUUUGACGAGGCCAAGCAGUGGGUCAUGGAUCGCAUGUGCAAGGAGCAGCAGGUGGAGCACGUCACGGGGCAGUUGAACCACUUCCUGAUCGAGCCUUUUGUGCCUCACAAGCAGGAGCAGGAGCACUACAUCUGCAUGCUUUCCCACCGCUACCAUGACGAGAUCCUGUUCUACCACGAGGGCGGCGUGGAUGUAGGCGAUGUGGACGCCAAGGCAGAGAAGUUGGAGCUGCCGUUCGGCGAGAAGCUGACCGAGGCCAUUGUCUUGGAGAAGCUGUUGAGCAAGAUGCCAGCUGCGAAGAAAGCCAACAUGGCAUCCUUCGUCCUCAGCCUGUACAAGUUCUACACAGACCUGCAUUUCGCGUACCUUGAGAUCAACCCCUUGGUCAUGCUGGAUGACAACACGGUGAUCCCGCUCGACAUGGCGGCCAAGAUCGAUGAGACAGCGAACUUCCUCUGCGCGCAGAAGUGGGGAGAGCUUGACUGGCCUCCUCCUUUCGGCCGUGCGGCCUACCCAGAGGAGGCGCUCAUCCGCGACAUGGACGGCCGGACUGGCGCGUCCUUGAAGCUGACCAUCCUCAACGAGAAGGGCAGGGUUUGGACGAUGGUUGCCGGCGGAGGUGCCUCCGUCGUCUACGCCGACACCGUGGCAGACUAUGGCAUGGGCAGCGAGCUCGCGAACUACGGUGAGUACUCCGGAGCUCCUUCCACGGAGGAGACCUUUGUCUAUGCCAAGACCCUGCUUUCGUUGAUGAUGAAGUACAAGCAUCCUGACGGCAAGUUCCUGAUUAUUGGCGGCGGCAUCGCCAACUUCACGGAUGUGGCGGCCACCUUCACCGGCCUCAUCAAGGCUCUGCAGGAGUACGCCGAAGACAUCAAGGAGCACAAGAUCAAGAUUCUGAUUCGACGUGCUGGACCCAACUACUUGGAAGGCCUUCGAAAGGUGAAGGCUGCCAGCGACAAGCUGGGCUUGGGAAUCAAGGUCUACGGCCCGGAGACCCACAUCACGGCAGUCAUCCCCAUGGCUCUGGGCAAGAUCCAGGCACUGCCAGAGCCCGACCUCUCUGCGCCCUGCGGCCCUCCAGUUCGCAAGAUGAUUGACCUCAAGGGCAAGAAGCCAACUCCUAAGGGCCAUCCCGCGCCUCCCGCAGGCACGAAGCACACGCUCGUCACAGCGACGCCGGAGACGACUUCGAUCGUGUACGGCAUGCAGAACCGUGCGGUGCAAGGCAUGUUGGAUUUUGACUUCAUGUGCAAGCGCAAGAAGCCGUCCGUGGAUGCCAUGGUUUUCCCAUUCUCUGGCUCCUUGAAUGUGAAGUUCUACUGGGGCACUGAGGAGGUCCUGAUGCCAGUCUACACCACAACCAAGGAGGCCGUGCAGAAGCACCCCAAUGCGUCUGUCUUCGUGAACUUCGCCUCCUUCCGAUCCGUCCACGAGACCUCCAUGGAGGCCAUGAACUACAGCAACUUGAAGACUAUCGCAAUCAUUGCGGAGGGUGUGCCGGAGCAGCAGACCCGCGACAUCAUCAAGGUUGCGGAGAAGAAGGGCGUAGGCAUCAUCGGCCCGGCGACCGUGGGAGGAAUCAAGCCGGGCUGCCUCCGAAUUGGCAACACCGGUGGUAUGCUGGACAACAUUGUGAUGUCCCGCCUCUACCGACCCGGCUCCGUGGCUUACGUCUCCAAGUCCGGCGGAAUGUCCAACGAGCUUAACAACAUCGUUUGCCGGAACUCGGACGGUGUGUACGAGGGUGUUGCGAUCGGUGGAGAUCGCUACCCGGGCAGCAGGUUCCUCGACCACUUCCUCCGCUACCAGGAUGACGCCAACGCCAAGAUGCUACUCCUGCUCGGAGAGGUUGGUGGACUGGAUGAGUAUGACCUCAUUGAUGCUGUCAAGAAGGGACGCAUCACCAAGCCCGUUGUCGCGUGGUGCGUGGGAACCUGCGCUUCCUGCUUUACCACGGAGGUGCAGUUCGGGCAUGCCGGCGCCCAGGCUCGUGGUGACAUGGAGACGGCAGCGGCCAAGAACAAGGCAAUGAAGGAAGCCGGUUUCCAUGUGCCAGACAGCUUCGACAAGCUGCCUGAGAUGAUCAACAAGGUCUACACUGACUUGGUGGAAGCUGGUGAGAUCGUGGAGACCCCUGAGGGCGAAACUCCCCAGGUGCCCAUGGACUACACCUGGGCCAAGAAGUUGGGCAUGGUCAGGAAGCCUGCCAACUUCAUCUCAUCCAUCUCAGACGACCGCGGUGAGGAGCUUACGUACUGCGGCAUGAGCAUCUCCGACGUCUUCAGCAAGGACAUCGGCAUUGGUGGUGUGCUUUCCCUGCUGUGGUUCCGACGUCAGCUCCCAGCCUACUGCACGAAGUUCAUCGAGAUGAUCUUGAUGGUCACUGCGGAUCACGGUCCUGCAGUCAGCGGCGCCCACAACACCAUCGUCACAGCCCGUGCAGGAAAGGACCUCGUGUCCUCGCUCUGCAGCGGCCUGCUGACCAUCGGACCUCGCUUCGGUGGCGCCCUGGAUGAUGCUGCAAGGAUGUUCGCUGAUGCGCAGGGCAGCGGUGUGGCGCCCAAGGACUGGAUUGAGAAGAUGAAGAAGAGCAACCAGCUCAUCAUGGGAAUCGGCCACAGGAUCAAAUCCUUGGCAAACCCUGACCAGCGUGUGGAGAUCAUCAAGGGCUUCGCUAAGAAGCACUUCAACAACACGCCAGUCCUCGACUAUGCCCUGGCAGUCGAGCAGAUCACCACCCGGAAGCGAGCAAACUUGAUCCUCAACGUCGACGGCUGCAUCGCUGUGUCGUUCGUGGACAUGAUCAGAUCUUGCGGUGCCUUCUCCAAGGAAGAGUGUGAUGACCUCAUGGCUUUCGGCUGCCUGAACGGUCUCUUCGUGCUAGGCCGCUCUAUCGGAUUCAUCGGCCACUACUUGGACCAGCUGCGGCUGAAGCAGCCUCUGUAUCGCCAUCCUUGGGACGACAUCACCUACAUCCAGGAGCUGGCUGGGCAGGGCCCGGAGUAA